CAGUGUACCCUCACGAGCUCGGCGCGGUGCUCCGGUGUGACCAGGAUGGAGCCCGAGCCGCGAGCGCGCUUCGAGCCUCCGGAAUAAAAAGUCUCGGAAUCCCGCGGGUGGAAAAUAUAUAUCUUUUAAAUUCUUUGUGUAGCAAAGAAUAAACUUCUAAACUUCCUGGUGGGAUUUUAUACUUCGAGCGCGCGCUGGUGGGUAAAAUAAAAUAAAAAAAUAAUCCUAUUGAAAACAUGCCCUUCGCCAAGCGGACUGUGGAGCCCCAGCAGCUGUGCAGGAGCGCGCACACGGGAGAGAACAGCUCUCCACCGGCGCUGCUGGAGGACCUGUGCGCGGUCAGUAACGCCGCUCUGUCCCGCACCGUGCGCCAGCUGUCGGACGUAGCGCGGCACGCGGGCUCGCUCUUUCACGAGCUGGAGCGGGAGCUGGCGUCCACUGACCGGCGGCUGCGGGAUCUGCGGGAGAAAGUGCGCCGCAUGGAGAGGAGUACCGAAGAGCUGGACCACAAACAGGAGACAGUGCCUGUAUCGAGUCUGGAUGUUGAGAGUAAACUCAGUGAACAUUUCCAGUCUGCUUGGCAGCUGCACAGAAACGUCUUCAUCCCGUCGAGUCGGCCGCCAUGUGUUGAGGAGCUUCACCACAACGCCAAACAGAGCCUGAAAGCGUUACACCGAGAUCAGCAGCAGAGACAGGAUGUCAGUGAACAAGAGCGCAUGGUGACCCUCUUGAUAGCCCCGCCCACACCCACUUCUCCCUCCCACCACACCCACCAUACGUUUGAAAGCAUUCAAUCCUCUUCCCCUACUGAAUGUUGUCACUUCUCUCGCCGGAGCAGACAGGUGGAUUCCGAUCCUGAUUCCGUGACUUUAGGUCACAGAUCCAAGUUCCCGAUUCCCAACAUUCCCUCCCUGCUGGACACACAGACCAACUGGAGCAUCGCUCUACCGUUACCAACUCCAGAGGACAGGAUGAAGAGCCAAUCACAGACCAUUGUGUCCUGCGUGGUGCCCAUUGACGUCACAGGGGCCGGGUUCGACAGAGACGCCAGUGUUCGCUGCUCGCUAGUCUACUCACAGUCAGUGCUACAGAGGAGACGGAAACUGAGAAGAAGGAAAACUAUCACGGGCAUUCCCAGACCAGUGUAUCAAGACUUAGACUCUGAUGAGUCUGCCGUGGCUAGCGAGCAGACCGUCAUAGUGCACUCCAGCCCUGAAGCUUGCCGAGAAGACCUCACACUCACUCGUCUCAAUACCAGAGACUCCGGCUGCCAGACGGAAGACUUCCUGACUGCUGUUGUGGCACCAUCUCGCAGACGGAUCAGAGCUCAGAGGGGUCAGAGUGCGACUUUUCCACUUUCUCAUUCCACAGGAAACAUACUGUCCCUGCCAGACAGUUCAGAUACCAUGUUUACCACCCCCAUCAACUUACAUUUGCGCUCACAAAGCCUUCCUCGAGAAGGCAUUAGAUUACUUGAUAAAGUCCAAAUCAGUAGCGAUAAUGAUGAAGAAGAAGAUGGAGAUCUGUCACCAUUUGAAGGAGAGGAAUUCCUUCCUGUACCAGGAGAGGACAUGAUAAAAGAUGAAGAAGAGAGCACUGAUGACCAGGUACAGCCAGAUAGGCAGCUAGGUAGCUUCAACCAGCAUCCCGAGAGCCCAGAGCACAUAUGGAUACAGAGAGGUCGGUCCCAUCUGCCUUGUAAAACUGAUGAGAUCUCGUCAAGCUCUGACACAUUCAGCAGCCCUAUUCACUCCAACGCUGGAGUUCUGGCCAGCCAGAUGGACCACAAGGAGGACCACCAGUCUUCCAGUGGAAACUGGAGUGGCAGCAGUUCCACGUGCCCUUCACAGACGUCAGAGACAAUUCCUCCUCCUGCCUCACCACCACUGACACACUGUGACUCAGAGCUGUCUCUAACCACAGCUCUUAACAUUACUGAAGAGUCUGCUGAGCCAUACUCUGGAGGCAGGCUGCAAGGUCUGCAGGGCCACCAAACAGGAUCGUUCGCUUCAACAGCAACUGACAUGUUUGAUGAUGCUGCAGGUAGCACAGCAAGUGAAGCUGACUGGAGCUAUACUCAACAUAAGCACAACAGGUCCUGUCACAAGGAAUUGAGCCUUGAACACUCUAGGGAUGGGGAGGGCAGCCUCGAGUGCCCCAGUUUUGUUAGCAUAACCACAAUCGAUAGUUUAGAUAAGCCUCCAUCUGACAAGGCUGACACUACAUCAUACUUCUCUGUGGAUGCAGAGGGCUACUAUACCUCCAUGCACUUUGACUGUGGUCUUAAAGGUAGUAAAAGCUUCACGUACAACUAUGCAUCUGUUGACGAGCAAAAGGAAGAGUACAGAGGCCAUGCAUCAAAUGGGAGACACAGUCUUUCUCUAAGGAAGCCAAAGGUGAAGCCGUCACCUCCAGAACGCUGUUCAUCAUUAAAGAAAAGUAGCAGUCAUGCUGGAUUAGCCCCUGAAACAAGUGAACCAAAGAUAAUGAGUGAGCAGCACUUAUCAGUGUCUUCCAAGGACAGAAAUUUACCAUUGGCAUCAAGCGACCCCUCUGACCAGCCAGAGGAUGAGCAGCUGGUGGAGGCCUGGGAUGGACAGAUUUCUAAUCAGAUUCCAGAUGUAGCUUUGCUUGGCUCCACAGACAAACAGUCCUUAAAGAACAAGGACUCUGUGCAGUCUGACUAUGCAGAUCUCUGGCUUGUGAAUGACUUGAAGUCCAGUGAUACUUAUGGCUCUUUGUCAAACUCCAGCACUGCUACCGGGACAACAGUUAUCGAAUGCAUGAAGUCACAAGAGAGCUCAGAGUCAAGGUCUGGCUCAAGGGCAACCACUCCUUCACUGCCAUCUGGGGAAUCUGAAUUUAGACUGCCCUCCCCAGAGAAGUUGGUAAAUUUAGCGUCCCCUUCCAGUGGCUAUUCAAGCCAGUCUGAGACACCAACAUCUUCAUCUGCCUUUUUUCCAAAUCCUAAUCCUUUGUCCCCCAUUGGUGGAAAGAGAAAACCAAAAGUCCCAGAGCGGAAGUCCUCCCUCACUUCAGUGCAAAAGCGCACAUUCAAAAAGGACCUUGAGCUACCCAUUAUACCCCCUACUCAUCUCGACCUAAGUGCCUUUCACAAUGGCAAGAAGCCGUUAUCCCCCAGAAACCACAUCCAUAUCCUUAACAACAGGAAAUACAAAGUGUCUGUGGCCACAACUGAAAAUGUUGAACCUGGCAACACUAGUCCUUUGGAAAUCACCCCCAUGAUGCUUCAUUCUGUGCAGCUACGUUCAGUUGGCAAACCUGGUGGAGAAAACCAUGAUCCCCCUUGCACAGAUGCUUCCACUAGACCUAAGAGACCCACUAUAAGCAAACUCAAUGAGUCCAGGAAGCCUCCACCUUAUAGAGCUCUCACCAGUGAAUCCCUCUCCCAAGAUAACUGUGAAUCCGUGUUUACUCCUACAGAUGAACCAGAGUUUGUGAGUCUACCGAGGAUUUCAUUUACAAAAAACAGAUUUGACAGGAUAGCUCCGACACGUCUUUGGAGCAUAAAUGCAUUCAGUGCACCUUCUGAACAAGUGAACCGAGAUAAUAUGAUAUCAGACAUAUCAAAGGGUCAAAAUGAACCUGCUGAGCUGGAGGGACCUUAUCCUCAGAGCAGUAUGGAAACAGAGGAGGACCAGGAACUGAUGCUCGAGGUAACAGAAGAAAACCUCAAAACAGAAUCACCACCUGGUCAUGAUGGUAGACUCCCUACAAGAUCUGAGAAAUUCGAUCAAGUGCCUGACAUAAUCCUUCACUCAACGCAAGGUUCAUCAGAAAUUGAUCCAAUUAGUGAUAACAGCAAUCAUAGAGAGGAAUCAGUAUCAUCAGGUGGUCCAACCAGAAGUGCCUCACAGGAGACCAUGGGAGAAGUGUCUACACCUGAUACAGAGGAUUACUUCAGCAAAGAAUCCACACCUAGUGAUCCAGUAGUGUCCCCUUUCACAGAUGAAUCAACAACCGAGGAUGACAGUGUUUUCCUUUCGCCUAGUAAAGCUCGUACAACCGAGGAUCUCUUUGCCAUGAUCCACAGGUCAAAAAGGAAAGUCCUUGGCCGAAAGGACUCAAAAGGAGAUUCGGCCGUUCGGAGUCCCUCGAGUGCUUCUCCUGCCACCUCCCCGAGUGCCCCUGUUACACCAACAAGCUCCCUACGAGCACCAAGCCAAAUAUACAGGAGUGUCAAAAAGUCCAACACUUCCAAUGAGGAAUUCAAACAGCUUCUUCUUAAAAGGGGAAGUCGCUCUGAUUCAAGCUAUCGCAUAUCAGCUACUGAGAUUCUAAAAAGUCCCAUCGCAUCGAGAACUUUCAGUGACUCCCUGACAGAAGGUACAAAGCAUCCUGAAGGUUUCCCUUCUCCAUUCCAGUUGCACUCUCCGGAGAAAACAUCUGAGGUUCUUCAUAGCCCCUACCCGAAAGCCAACGUGGAGGGGUUCUCCUCAAAAGUUUUUAGUUCUUCCAGACAAGGUCGUUCAAGGUUACCACCAGCUGCAAACAGCAGUCGUUACAGCACACGCAGCCGACUGUAUACAACACCCAUGCAGGCCAUUUCUGAAGGGGAAACGGAAAACUCGGACGGAAGUCCACAUGAUGACCGUUCCUCUUAAACAGAGAUGCACCUUCUACCAGGUGUUUAUAAAAAAAAAAAAAAAAAAAAAGAAAA